GUAUUAUUUAGUGAAAAUUUGUGGAAAUUACGAGGUGCGCUCACAGAUCCGGUGAUCCACCUCUCCGCCCUCCGAUUGGCCGAGGCGGUCACGUGGGCGCCCAACUUUAUUCAGUUGACAGCAAGUAGGAGGGAUUUGUGGCAGGGAGGAAAAAAAGACAACACGAGGAAAAAUUAGUAUUUCCCACCUCCCCGAAAUUAAUGGCCAUGAGUUCCUACAUGGUGAACUCCAAGUACGUGGACCCCAAAUUCCCGCCGUGCGAGGAGUAUCUGCAGGGCGGCUACCUGGGCGGCGAGCAGGGCGCCUCCGACUACUACGGCCCGCCGGCCGCGGGGGCGCAGGGCUCGGAUUUCGCGCACCACCCUCAAGCGCUCUACCCGCGCGCCAACUACGCCCAGCCGCAGCAGCAGCCGCAGCAGCCCUUCGCCUGCGCCAAUGGCCCCGGCGCGCCCGCCCUCCAGCCGCGGGGUCACGGGCAGGAGCCUUCCUCCGGCCACUUCCCCGGCCCGGCCGAGCACUGCCCGCCGCCGGCCCCGCCACCCCUGCCCGCUAGCAGAGCCUGCGGCCAGCGGGAGAAUCUCAAGAGCCCCAACGGGGCAGCCGCAGCAGCAGCAGCGCUCAAGCAGCCGGCCGUGGUCUAUCCCUGGAUGAAGAAAGUCCACGUGAAUUCGGUGAACCCCAAUUACACCGGCGGGGAGCCCAAGCGUUCCAGAACAGCUUACACGAGGCAGCAGGUCCUCGAACUGGAGAAGGAGUUCCACUUCAACCGCUACCUGACCAGGCGCCGCCGGAUCGAGAUCGCCCACACUUUGUGUCUCUCCGAACGCCAGAUCAAAAUCUGGUUCCAGAACCGGAGGAUGAAGUGGAAGAAGGACCACAAGCUGCCCAACACCAAGGGCCGCUCCUCGGGGUCUUCCACUGCCUCCAGCCAGCGCUUACAGACGGUCUCGAAGGACCAUCAGACGGACUUGAUCGCUUUAUAG